AUGGCGGAUGGCAACACGUACACUCGUCGGCUGCGCAGCCGCAGACGCUCAGAUUCGACGUCCUCGGAGGAAGAGGAGGAUCCCCAGCGUGUCACAAGGAGUGGCAGUCGGCGCUAUGGUAUCUACACGCCUGAGCCAGUGCAGCGUACACUAGAGCUGCGGUCGGACGAGUUUGAAGAUGAUGAUGAAGAAGAAGACAGCGAUUUUGAAGAGCUGGACGACUAUGGUGAGACAGUUUACCGAAGUACGACGUAUCGUCCACCUCAGGUAUACGAACAGGACGUAGUCGAGCUUGAAGAUGUCCACGAAGACGACGAAGUGGACAUUGAAGUGCAGGAAACACCCGAGCACGAGGCGCAACGCUCAGAGCUCAAGCGACGAGCGGCAGGCGCUGCCGCGUAUUUCAAGAAAUCAAAUAAAGUUGACAGAAUGUGGCAGAAAGUGACAGACUCGAAGGCAAUGAAGACUAUCUCGAAGUAUCUACGGAGAUUCUGGCGCUUCAUGCUUCGCAACUCGUUUAUGGCGGUGAACGUGCUGUGGCUGCUAGCGCCACUGUGCUGCUUCGUGGUUGCGAUUACAGUUCCGCACCAUUUGACGACUGCUUUCCAGUACGUGGACGAUUUGUCGUCUAGCUGGAUUGGUGGUCGUGGAAAUGCAGACGCUGGAUUCGAGAAGGGAGCGAUGCGCUCCGUCGUGCAGGAGAUCGUGGACAUGAAGUUGGUAGGCUUGAACGAGGAGAUCGGUAUGCUGCGCCAAACUGUGCAGACGCAGGAGCAUGAGAUUGAAGCGCUGAAGUUGUUGCACGUUACGUUGCGUCUCGAUCUCGAUGAACAACGGCAGAAAUUCAGCCUGUCAGAACCCGAUAGCGCCAUCAACGUCCACAUUGAAAAGGUUGUCACCAAGCACACUGAAGAACUGUGGGAAAAAAUCAUCGACAGGACUUCGCAGCUACAACAAGACUUGCAAAAUGCAACAAAGCAACAGUCGGUGAUUUCUUCAGUGCUAAAGGAGCAGGAGGAGAAGAUGGAUUCGGUUCAAACCAUCGUGGAGAAGACUGCAUCGACGCCAGCGCCGGAUGCAGCUAGCGAGAACGCGCGAGCGAUGAAGAAAGAGUUUACCCAAUGGCGUCAAUCGUUUGAGAUCGAGCUACAGUCUGAGAUGCAGCGUAAAGUGCAGGCCAUUGAAAGCCGCAUGUCAAGAGUGCUACAAGACGAGAAGGACGCACUCUCGUCAAGUGCUGAUGCUCUACGUGGCUUGGAUGCCACCGAUCCAGGAAUUCUCCGAGUAAUUGAGGUUGCCGUUCAAGCUGUUGAGAUCAAGAAAACAGGACGUGUGGAUCACGCUGCUCUUGCGAACGGAGCCUCGGUGAUUCAUUCAGAGCGCGAUCUCCUGUACCAAGACAGCUCGUCUCCUGUGCAGCUGCUGGCCCAACUUGUAGGGCUAAGCGACUCCGACGGUGACAGUAGAUUCACGUCGCCUUCUUACCGUCGUGCACCGGCCCCAUUCUUGGGGCAAUUGUUAUCUUCCGGAGAGAAUCCGUGGUGGCUGUCACGCCAUAAUGGUCGACCGGAGACUGCACUAUCGGAGACGAUGGAGAUUGGAAGUUGCUGGGGUAUUUCCGGCUCCUCUGGCCGCCUCUCAGUGAAGUUCGCGCAACAGAUUGUUGCUGACGCGAUCACCAUCGACCACAUUCCGGCACAAAUCGCAUCCGACUUCAGCUCUGCGCCGAACCAGUUCCGUGUUCUGGGCAUAUCGGGUCACCCAUUGCGAGAAACGGUGGAGCUUAUUUCGUUUGGAAACUUUUCCUACGCAAGUAAUGGACCAGCUAGUCAGACAUUCAAGCUGACGUCGUCUCUGAGCCAGCGCUCUGCUAUUGAUGGUAUUACGUUGGAGGUGCUGUCAAACCAUGGUAAUCCCGAGUACACUUGCCUGUAUCGCUUCCGGGUGCACGGCCAACCUGCCUAAGAUGCGGUAAAGUA